CGGACUCAACCUCAUAUGGCUCUUCUGGCAUUGGAAACUCACCAACUCCACGCUACUUUCUCUGAAGCUACUACAGGGACACACCCAAGUCGAGCUGACCUCGAUGACUUUCUGGGCCAACUCUACUAGUCGACGCGUCCCCGUCUCCCGUCUGACCACGGGCGUCUCCAGAGCGCCCGCCAAACAAGUCUCGCCAAUUUCCAUGCUCAAAAAACACUAUCUGCCGGUCGCUCAGGCAACGGGCGCGCUGGAAAUCAGAUACCUCGACGUUUCAGAAGAAACGAAUAACCAACGCUCUUCUCUCCUUCAAAAACUCCGACCUAACACGAGGCGAUACAUCGUUGAACCUUCAAUGGCGUCUCAACUGGACCUAGAACAAUUCAUGAAAUUCACCGACAAACCAGAAGCGAAAGUCUUCAUCGCGUAGAAAACUCCGUCGUCAAAACUCCUCGUCGACGCCGAUCAGUCAUAUUUUGACACUUUUUUUUUUUCUUUCCACUUUUUUUUUUUCACAUCUCUCUCACUUUCUCUAGAGACCCCGCCACAUGUCGCGUUCCAGCACUCUGGGAUACGACAAAUCCCUCACCGUCUUCAGCCCUGACGGACACCUGUACCAAGUAGAAUAUGCGUUCAAAGCCAUCAAAACCAGCACUCUGACGUCCGUAGCUGUCAGAGGAAAGGACAGUUGCGCCGUCGUCACACAAAAAAAAGUUCCUGAUAAACUCAUGGACCCGUCCACCGUCACUUACCUGUUCAAAUUAACGCCAAAAAUCGGCUGCGUCGUCAAUGGACUCAUAGCCGACGCUCGAGCCCUCGUUCAAAGAACCAGGCUAGAAGCAGCAGAGUUCAAGUUCAAAUACGGAUACGACAUCAGCCCAGAAUACCUAGCACUGCGCAUCGCCGACAUCAACCAAGUGUCAACACAACACGCCUACAUGCGCCUCUACGGCGUAAGCAUAUCCCUCAUCGGCAUAGACGAGGAAAAAGGCCCCCAACUGUACAAAAUAGAUCCCGCCGGCCACUAUGCCGCCUACAAAGCAACCGCAUCAGGACCCAAAGAAAUCGAGUCGCAAAUCUUCCUAGAAAAAAAAUUCAAAAAAGACUCUCUGCAACUAGACAUGAACGACUCUAUCAGACUAGCCAUAAAAACCCUGCAAACAGUCAUCGGCUUUGACUUCAAACCAACCGAGCUAGAAGUAGGCGUCGUCUCCGUGGAAAACCCAAUGUUCAGAACGUUGAGCGCCCAAGAAAUAGAUGACCACCUAACGGCCAUCGCCGAACGCGACUAAAUAGAUCUUAUAUAUAAAAAAAACGAUUUUUUUUUUUUUGAUGGAAAAAAA